AUGGAGGACCAGGUCCACCUGAUGUCGGCUCAUAUUGGACUAACUGGACUGUCUCAGGAGGAUGCAGGUGAUCCUGACGACAUAAGGAAACAUCCUAACUUCGGCCAGCCGCAGCAGCACUUUGGUGACAUCCUCCAGCAGAUCAUGGCCAUCACAGAGGAGAGGCUGGACGAGGCCCAGGCCAGGAAACACGCUCUAAACUACCACAGAAUGAAACCAGCCCUCUUCAGUGUCCUGUGUGAGAUGAAAGAAAAGACAGCCCUGAGUAUCCGAGGCAUCCAAGAAGAGGAGCCUCCAGACCCUCAGAUCAUGCGACUGGACAACAUGCUGUUAGCGGAGGGGGUUGCGGGUCCUGAGAGGGGCGGGGCCUCUGCAGCGGCAGCAGCUGUUGCAGCAGCGGCUGGAGGAUCGCCCGAUGAUGGGAACUUUGAAGACGCAGACUACAGAGAGAAGCUUGCUCAGAUACGACAGAUCUACCACACUGAGCUGGAGAAAUAUGAACAGGCCUGCAGUGAAUUCACCAACCAUGUGACGAACCUGCUGAGGGAACAGUCCCGCACACGACCCACCUCACCCAAAGAGAACGAGCGACUGGUGGAGAUCAUCCACCGCAAGUUCAGCGCUAUCCAGUUGCAGUUAAAGCAGAGCACAUGUGAAGCUGUCAUGAUCCUCCGCUCCAGGUUCCUGGAUGCCAGGCGGAAACGGAGAAACUUCAGCAAGCAGGCGAUAGAGAUUUUAAAUGAAUAUUUUUACUCCCACCUGGCAAACCCCUACCCCAGUGAGAAGGCCAAGGAGGAGCUGGCCAAGAAGUGCUCCAUCACUGUUUCUCAGGUGGCCAACUGGUUCGGAAACAAGAGGAUUCGGUACAAGAAGAACAUCCUAAAGUUCCAGGAGGAGGCUAAUCUGUAUGUCAUGAAAACAGCUGUGGAUGCUGCUAGUGUUUCUUCACAGACUAGCCAAGCCACCUCCCCAGCCACACCAAACUCAGCCUUUGAGGAACCAUCUUCUCACUUUCUCCAUGUUGCUGGUGGCUGGCAGGACAGUGAUGAUCCCUCCUCCCACCUCCCCUCACCCGAGCACCAGGCAGGUUGUGCUGUCACCUCCACCUGAUGUUGUGCUGUCCCCUCCCUACUCCUCAUCCUGCUCCUCGAUCUAAUACAAACUCAGACUGUAGGCUGACCUCCAGCUGAGCCAUAAUCAGACUCUCCAACUCCUUUUUAAAACAUUGUUUUUUUGGUGCUGAUCCUAUCCUCUGCCUCUCUCUACGAGUUUUUCACCCUUUCACAUUUAAACAAAUAAUAAUACAUAAUAAUUACUCGUCACAUUUUUAUUCUCAUUAAAAAAUAGGUCACUGAUGACAACAAUUUUUUUCUAAGAAAUACUGCUUCACUAUUAAGGGUUGUGGACUAUGUAGUCAUGUUUAGAUGUUGAAUUAGGAUAGUCUUUUUUUCUUUUUCUUUUUUUUCUUUUAUUCCUUUUUUACAUUUUUUAUAAGAAAAAUGUUGUGAUAGAAAAUGUACAAGCGCAGCGCAACA